AUGUCCCAGGAUAGAAUUUUGUUAGAUUUAGACGUAGUUAACCAAAGGUUAAUUCUCUUCAAUUCUGCUUUUCCCUCUGAUGCUAUUGAAGCGCCCUUCCACUUUAGCAACAAGGAAUCAACUUCUGAGAAUUUAGACAAUUUAGCAGGAACUAUACUACAUAGCCGUUCCAUCACUGGUCAUGUUUUCCUUUACAAACAUAUUUUUUUAGAGAUAGUGGCACGUUGGAUAAAGGACUCCAAAAAAAAAGAUUACGUUCUUGUAAUUGAAAAGUUGGCAAGUAUAAUUACAAUAUUUCCCGUUGCAAUGCCAUUAAUUGAAGACUAUUUAGAUAAAGAGAAUGAUCAUUUCAUCACUAUUCUUCAAAAUCCAUCCACACAAAAGGAUUCCGACAUGUUUAAAAUACUAUUAGCAUACUAUAGGUUACUAUAUCACAAUAAAGAAGUAUUUGCACGCUUCAUUCAACCCGACAUUUUAUACCAACUUGUGGAUUUACUCACCAAAGAACAAGAAAAUCAGGUUGUUAUAUUUCUAGCAUUAAAGGUUUUAUCUUUAUACUUAGACAUGGGAGAAAAAACAUUAAACGAUAUGCUCGACACUUAUAUAAAAUCACGCGAUUCAUUGUUGGGCCAUUUUGAGGGCGAUUCUGGAAUUGAUUACAGCUUCCUCGAACUGAACGAAGCUAAGAGAUGUGCAAAUUUCUCUAAACUACCCAGUGUUCCAGAAUGUUUCACUAUAGAAAAAAAAUCUAGCUACUUCAUUAUUGAGCCUCAGGAUUUGAGUACUAAGGUCGCGUCAAUCUGUGGCGUUAUCGUCCCUAAGGUCCACACUAUCCACGACAAAGUAUUCUACCCAUUAACCUUUGUCCCUACUCAUAAAACGGUUUCCUCUCUUCGUCAACUCGGGAGAAAGAUUCAAAAUUCAACUCCAAUAAUGCUCAUUGGAAAAGCGGGAUCCGGUAAAACCUUUUUAAUCAAUGAGCUAAGUAAAUAUAUGGGUUGCCAUGACUCCAUUGUGAAAAUUCAUUUAGGUGAACAAACUGAUGCCAAGUUACUGAUUGGUACUUAUACCUCUGGUGACAAGCCAGGCACGUUUGAAUGGAGAGCUGGUGUUCUCGCUACCGCGGUCAAAGAAGGGAGAUGGGUACUUAUAGAAGACAUAGAUAAAGCUCCUACAGAUGUUUUAUCAAUACUUUUAUCGCUUUUAGAAAAGCGCGAACUAACCAUUCCAUCCAGAGGAGAGACUGUAAAGGCUGCAAAUGGUUUCCAGUUAAUAUCAACUGUUAGAAUAAACGAAGAUCAUCAGAAGGAUAGUUCCAAUAAGAUCUAUAACUUGAAUAUGAUUGGUAUGAGAAUCUGGAAUGUUAUUGAAUUAGAGGAACCUAGCGAAGAGGAUUUGACACACAUUUUAGCCCAAAAGUUUCCCAUUUUGACCAACCUUAUCCCCAAACUAAUCGAUUCAUACAAAAACGUCAAAAGUAUUUAUAUGAACACCAAGUUCAUUUCAUUGAACAAGGGGGCACACACAAGAGUUGUAUCUGUAAGAGAUUUAAUUAAGCUGUGCGAAAGGUUAGACAUCCUAUUCAAAAACAAUGGCAUCAACAAACCUGACCAACUAAUCCAGUCUUCUGUCUACGACAGUAUUUUCUCCGAAGCCGCCGACUGUUUCGCUGGCGCUAUUGGAGAAUUCAAAGCUUUGGAACCUAUUAUACAAGCAAUCGGCGAGUCAUUAGACAUUGCUUCCUCAAGGAUUUCGUUAUUUUUGACCCAACAUGUGCCCACUUUGGAAAACCUUGAUGAUAGCAUUAAAAUUGGAAGAGCCGUAUUACUUAAGGAAAAGCUAAAUAUACAAAAAAAAUCAAUGAACAGCACAUUGUUCGCAUUUACGAAUCAUUCUUUAAGACUAAUGGAACAGAUUUCUGUUUGUAUACAGAUGACUGAACCUGUUUUACUAGUCGGUGAAACGGGUACCGGGAAAACUACAGUCGUUCAACAACUUGCUAAGAUGUUAGCAAAAAAAUUAACGGUAAUCAAUGUUUCACAACAAACAGAAACUGGUGAUCUUCUUGGUGGGUACAAACCCGUAAAUUCUAAAACAGUUGCAGUUCCUAUACAAGAAAAUUUUGAAACUCUUUUUAAUGCUACAUUUUCCUUAAAGAAGAACGAGAAGUUUCACAAGAUGCUACAUAGGUGCUUCAACAAGAAUCAAUGGAAGAACGUUGUUAAACUUUGGAACGAAGCGUACAAAAUGGCUCAAAGCAUAUUAAAAAUUACAAACACUGAAAAUGAAAACGAAAAUGCAAAGAAGAAGAAAAGAAGACUCAAUACUCAUGAAAAAAAAUUGUUACUUGACAAAUGGGCUGACUUCAAUGACUCAGUGAAGAAGUUUGAGGCCCAGUCUAGCUCUAUUGAAAACUCGUUUGUCUUCAAUUUUGUCGAGGGUUCUUUGGUAAAGACUAUCAGGGCUGGGGAGUGGCUAUUGCUCGAUGAAGUGAAUUUAGCAACCGCAGAUACCUUAGAAAGUAUUUCUGACCUUCUCACCGAGCCUGAUUCUCGUAGUAUUCUUCUUUCAGAAAAGGGUGACGCUGAGCCUAUAAAAGCUCACCCCGAUUUUAGAAUAUUUGCUUGUAUGAACCCCGCUACUGAUGUUGGUAAAAGAGACUUACCUAUGGGUAUCAGAUCAAGAUUUACCGAAAUAUAUGUACAUUCUCCGGAACGUGAUAUUACUGAUUUGCUUUCCAUAAUUGAUAAAUAUAUUGGAAAGUACAGCGUCAGCGAUGAAUGGGUAGGAAAUGACAUCGCUGAACUUUACCUUGAAGCCAAAAAACUCUCCGAUAACAAUACUAUAGUUGAUGGCUCAAACCAAAAACCACACUUUAGUAUCCGUACCCUGACGCGUACAUUGCUUUAUGUUACUGAUAUUAUUCAUAUCUACGGUCUACGCCGUUCCCUGUAUGAUGGAUUCUGUAUGAGUUUUUUGACUUUACUGGACCAAAAAUCUGAGGCCAUUCUGAAGCCAGUAAUAGAAAAAUUCACAUUGGGGAGGCUAAAAAAUGUCAAGUCAAUCAUGUCACAGACACCUCCCUCUCCAGGACCAGAUUAUGUUCAGUUUAAGCAUUAUUGGAUGAAAAAGGGCCCUAAUACAAUUCAAGAACAAGCUCACUAUAUCAUUACGCCUUUUGUUGAAAAGAAUAUGAUGAAUUUGGUAAGAGCUACAUCAGGCAAAAGAUUUCCUGUGCUUAUUCAAGGUCCAACUUCAUCGGGAAAAACCAGUAUGAUCAAAUAUCUUGCGGAUAUAACGGGCCAUAAGUUUGUCCGUAUAAAUAACCAUGAGCAUACAGAUUUACAGGAAUAUUUAGGUACAUAUGUUACCGAUGAUACCGGAAAGCUGUCGUUUAAGGAAGGUGUUUUAGUCGAGGCACUACGAAAAGGAUAUUGGAUUGUUUUGGAUGAAUUAAAUCUUGCCCCAACCGAUGUUUUAGAAGCCUUAAAUAGGUUACUUGACGAUAACAGAGAACUUUUUAUUCCAGAAACACAAGAAGUUGUACAUCCUCAUCCUGAUUUCCUUCUUUUUGCUACCCAGAAUCCACCUGGGAUAUACGGUGGCCGUAAAAUUCUUUCAAGAGCUUUUAGGAAUCGUUUUCUGGAGUUGCACUUCGACGAUAUUCCGCAAGAUGAAUUAGAAAUUAUCCUACGUGAGCGCUGCCAAAUUGCCCCAUCAUAUGCAAAGAAAAUCGUUGAAGUAUACCGCCAAUUAUCCAUCGAACGUUCCGCUUCAAGGUUGUUCGAACAGAAAAAUAGUUUUGCAACUCUACGUGAUCUUUUCCGCUGGGCUUUAAGGGACGCAGUGGGAUAUGAGCAGCUUGCUGCCAGUGGCUAUAUGCUUCUUGCAGAAAGGUGCAGAACUCCACAAGAAAAAGUUACAGUCAAAAAGACUUUAGAAAAAGUAAUGAAAGUUAAAUUAGAUAUGGACCAAUAUUAUGCAAGUCUGGAAGAUAAAUCCUUAGAAGCCAUUGGCUCUGUUACUUGGACAAAAGGAAUGCGCCGACUAUCCGUCUUAGUUUCUAGUUGUUUAAAGAAUAAGGAGCCAGUACUACUGGUAGGUGAAACUGGGUGCGGCAAAACAACAAUUUGCCAAUUAUUGGCGCAAUUCAUGGGUCGAGAACUGAUCACACUAAAUGCCCAUCAAAACACAGAAACUGGAGACAUAUUAGGUGCUCAAAGACCUGUUCGUAACAGGUCUGAAAUUCAAUAUAAGCUAAUAAAAUCCUUAAAAACAGCAUUGAAUAUUGCUAAUGACCAAGAUGUAGACUUGAAAGAGUUAUUACAGCUAUAUUCUAAGUCAGAUAAUAAAAAUAUAGCCGAAGAUGUUCAACUGGAAAUACAAAAGCUGAGGGAUAGUUUGAAUGUUUUAUUUGAAUGGAGUGACGGGCCUCUGAUUCAAGCUAUGAGGACGGGAAAUUUUUUUCUACUUGAUGAAAUAUCGCUAGCAGAUGAUUCCGUUCUUGAAAGACUAAAUAGUGUUUUGGAGCCAGAAAGGAGUUUGUUGUUAGCAGAACAGGGUUCAUCCGAUAGCCUUGUAACGGCUUCAGAAAACUUUCAAUUCUUCGCAACCAUGAACCCUGGUGGAGAUUACGGUAAAAAAGAAUUAUCUCCAGCGUUAAGAAAUAGAUUUACUGAAAUAUGGGUACCAUCCAUGGAAGAUUUCAACGAUGUAAACAUGAUCGUAUCCUCAAGGCUUUUAGAGGACUUGAAAGAUCUUGCUAAUCCAAUUGUGAAAUUCUCUGAAUGGUUUGGCAAGAAGCUGGGAGGCGGAAAUGCAACAAGUGGUGUCAUUUCUUUACGUGACAUACUUGCAUGGGUUGAAUUUAUUAAUAAAGUGUUUCCGAAAAUACAGAACAAGUCAACUGCCUUAAUUCAAGGUGCCUCAAUGGUUUUUAUUGACGCCCUUGGUACAAAUAACACUGCUUACUUAGCUGAAAACGAAAAUGAUUUAAAGUCACUUAGAACAGAAUGUAUUAUACAACUAUUGAAACUAUGUGGUGACGAUUUGGAACUACAACAAAUUGAAACGAACGAAAUUAUUGUGACUCAGGAUGAAUUACAAGUCGGAAUGUUCAAAAUACCAAGAUUUCCAGAUGCUCAGUCUUCAUCCUUUAACUUAACCGCCCCCACUACUGCCUCAAACUUAGUAAGGGUUGUACGGGCUAUGCAAGUACACAAGCCAAUUUUACUUGAAGGUAGUCCAGGUGUUGGUAAAACAAGUUUAAUCACCGCUCUUGCCAAUAUUACAGGAAAUAAGCUUACAAGAAUCAAUUUGUCUGAACAAACGGAUCUAGUAGAUCUUUUCGGUGCAGACGCUCCUGGUGAGCGAAGUGGUGAAUUUUUAUGGCACGAUGCUCCGUUUUUAAGAGCAAUGAAGAAAGGUGAGUGGGUUUUAUUAGAUGAAAUGAAUUUAGCCUCCCAAUCCGUCCUAGAAGGGUUGAAUGCCUGUUUAGAUCAUCGAGGCGAAGCGUAUAUCCCCGAGUUGGACAUAUCGUUUUCCUGCCACCCCAAUUUUCUGGUCUUUGCUGCUCAAAAUCCUCAGUAUCAAGGUGGUGGUAGGAAAGGUCUUCCUAAAUCUUUCGUUAAUCGAUUUAGCGUGGUAUUUAUUGACAUGCUUACAUCUGAUGAUCUCCUUUUGAUUGCAAAACACUUAUAUCCAAGUAUUGAGCCAGAUAUCAUCGCGAAAAUGAUUAAGUUAAUGUCUACUUUAGAGGAUCAAGUCUGUAAAAGAAAACUUUGGGGUAAUUCUGGUUCACCAUGGGAGUUCAAUUUGAGAGAUACAUUGCGUUGGCUAAAGUUACUCAACCAAUAUUCGAUUUGCGAAGAUGUGGACGUGUUUGACUUUGUUGAUAUAAUCGUUAAGCAGAGGUUCCGUACUAUCAGCGAUAAGAAUAAAGCACAGCUUCUCAUUGAAGAUAUUUUUGGUAAAUUCUCAACUAAAGAGAACUUUUUCAAACUUACAGAAGACUAUGUUCAAAUUAACAACGAGGUAGCUCUAAGAAAUCCCCAUUACCGCUAUCCAAUUACCCAGAAUCUUUUCCCAUUAGAGUGCAAUGUCGCCGUUUAUGAAUCUGUUUUGAAAGCAAUCAACAAUAAUUGGCCGUUGGUACUUGUUGGGCCCUCAAACUCCGGUAAAACGGAAACGAUAAGAUUUUUAGCUUCAAUCUUGGGUCCCAGAGUAGACGUGUUUUCCAUGAAUAGUGAUAUAGAUAGUAUGGAUAUCCUUGGUGGUUAUGAACAAGUUGAUUUGACUAGACAAAUAUCAUAUAUCACUGAGGAGUUAACAAAUAUCGUAAGAGAAAUAAUCUCGAUGAAUAUGAAGCUCUCACCAAAUGCUACCGCAAUCAUGGAAGGUUUGAACUUAUUGAAAUAUUUGCUCAAUAAUAUCGUCACACCUGAGAAAUUCCAAGAUUUCAGAAAUCGUUUUAAUAGGUUCUUUUCGCACUUAGAAGGGCAUCCCCUAUUAAAAACUAUGAGUAUGAAUAUUGAAAAAAUGACUGAAAUCAUCACUAAGGAAGCUUCGGUUAAAUUUGAAUGGUUUGAUGGCAUGUUGGUCAAAGCAGUUGAAAAGGGCCAUUGGCUAAUCUUAGAUAAUGCUAAUCUUUGUUCUCCUUCUGUUCUUGAUAGACUGAACUCUCUAUUGGAGAUAGACGGGUCGCUGCUCAUCAAUGAAUGUAGCCAAGAAGAUGGCCAACCAAGGGUUCUCAAACCCCACCCUAACUUCAGAUUAUUUUUGACCAUGGAUCCAAAAUAUGGUGAAUUAUCCCGAGCUAUGAGAAACAGAGGUGUGGAGAUUUAUAUCGACGAAUUGCACAGUCGUUCUACAGCCUUCGAUCGCCUCACCCUAGGCUUUGAACUUGGAGAGAAUAUAGACUUUGUUUCUAUUGAUGAUGGCAUCAAAAAAAUAAAACUAAAUGAACCUGAUAUGUCGAUACCAUUAAAACACUAUGUUCCAUCCUAUUUAAGCAGACCAUGCAUAUUUGCACAAGUACAUGAUAUUUUAUUAUUAUCUGACGAAGAACCAAUUGAAGAAUCUCUUGCUGCUGUUAUUCCGAUUUCCCAUUUAGGGGAAGUUGGUAAAUGGGCCAAUAAUGUAUUGAAUUGCACGGAGUACUCAGAAAAAAAGAUCGCAGAAAGGCUUUAUGUUUUUAUAACAUUUUUGACUGAUAUGGGUGUCUUAGAAAAGAUUAAUAACCUAUACAAACCUGCAAACCUAAAAUUCCAGAAGGCUUUGGGGCUGCAUGAUAAGCAAUUGACAGAGGAAACUGUCUCGCUUACCUUGAACGAAUAUGUUCUUCCAACAGUCAGCAAGUAUUCAGAUAAGAUCAAAUCUCCAGAGUCGUUAUACUUAUUAUCAAGUUUACGUCUGCUACUCAACUCUUUGAACGCUCUCAAAUUAAUCAAUGAAAAAUCAACUCAUGGUAAAAUUGACGAACUGACGUAUAUUGAAUUAUCUGCGGCUGCCUUUAACGGUCGCCAUUUGAAGAAUAUUCCUCGCAUUCCAAUAUUCUGUAUUCUCUACAAUAUUUUAACAGUAAUGUCUGAAAACCUUAAGACGGAAAGUUUAUUUUGCGGCUCCAACCAAUAUCAAUAUUAUUGGGAUUUACUGGUAAUUGUAAUUGCAGCAUUAGAAACCGCCGUUACAAAGGAUGAAGCACGUCUAAGAGUAUAUAAGGAGUUGAUAGAUAGCUGGAUUGCGUCCGUAAAAUCCAAAUCAGACAUUGAGAUAACUCCCUUCCUUAACAUCAAUUUGGAAUUUACCGAUGUUUUACAGUUGUCGAGGGGCCACUCCAUAACUUUACUAUGGGAUAUAUUCAGAAAAAAUUAUCCGACAACCUCCAACAGCUGGCUAGCUUUCGAAAAGCUCAUUAAUUUAUCUGAAAAAUUUGACAAAGUACGUCUGCUCCAAUUUUCUGAAUCAUACAAUUCCAUUAAGGAUUUGAUGGACGUUUUCCGGUUGCUAAAUGAUGAUGUGUUGAAUAAUAAAUUAAGUGAGUUUAAUCUCUUGCUAUCAAAGUUAGAAGAUGGUAUAAAUGAAUUGGAACUAAUUUCAAAUAAGUUUUUAAACAAAAGAAAACAUUAUUUUGCUGACGAAUUUGACAAUUUGAUCAGAUAUACCUUCUCAGUUGACACAGCCGAGCUAAUAAAAGAACUUGCUCCCGCUUCUUCUUUAGCCACGCAAAAACUUACAAAACUUAUUACCAACAAAUACAAUUAUCCGCCUAUCUUUGAUGUUCUUUGGACAGAAAAAAAUGCUAAAUUGACUUCCUUUACUUCUACCAUAUUUUCAUCCCAGUUUCUCGAAGAUGUCGUUCGUAAAUCUAAUAAUUUGAAAUCAUUUUCGGGAAAUCAGAUCAAACAAUCUAUUAGUGACGCAGAAUUGCUACUUUCCUCCACUAUCAAGUGUUCACCUAACCUACUUAAGAGCCAAAUGGAGUACUAUAAAAAUAUGUUACUGUCAUGGCUCAGAAAAGUUAUUGAUAUUCACGUCGGCGGGGACUGCUUGAAAUUGACUUUGAAAGAACUUUGCUCUCUCAUAGAAGAAAAAACUGCUUCAGAGACACGCGUGACUUUUGCAGAAUACAUCUUUCCCGCUCUAGAUUUGGCUGAAAGUUCGAAAUCAUUAGAAGAACUGGGAGAAGCUUGGAUCACAUUUGGUACAGGUUUGCUUCUGCUAUUCGUCCCAGAUUCUCCCUAUGAUCCGGCAAUACACGAUUACGUUUUAUAUGAUUUAUUUUUGAAGACAAAGACAUUUUCUCAAAACCUAAUGAAAAGUUGGAGAAAUGUUCGUAAAGUAAUCAGUGGCGAUGAGGAGAUUUUCACAGAAAAACUUAUCAAUACCAUAAGCGAUGACGACGCACCUCAAUCCCCUAGGGUAUAUCGUACAGGCAUGUCUAUUGACUCUUUAUUUGAUGAAUGGAUGGCAUUUUUGUCGUCAACUAUGAGUUCUCGUCAAAUAAAAGAGCUAGUGAGUUCCUACAAGUGCAAUUCAGAUCAAUCGGAUCGUAGAUUAGAAAUGCUCCAACAAAAUAGUGCACAUUUUUUGAAUCGUCUCGAAAGCGGUUAUUCAAAAUUUGCUGAUUUAAAUGAUAUCCUCGCGGGAUAUAUUUACAGUAUCAACUUUGGCUUUGAUUUAUUGAAGCUUCAAAAAUCUAAGGAUAGAGCAUCAUUCCAAAUUUCUCCUUUAUGGAGUAUGGACCCUAUCAAUAUUUCAUGCGCAGAGAAUGUUUUAAGCGCUUAUCAUGAGCUGUCAAGGUUCUUCAAAAAGGGUGAUAUGGAAGAUACUUCGAUUGAAAAGGUUUUGAUGUACUUCUUGACGCUGUUUAAGUUCCAUAAGAGGGAUACAAAUUUACUGGAAAUUUUUGAGGCUGCUUUGUAUACUCUGUAUUCAAGAUGGUCUGUGAGACGUUUCAGACAGGAGCAGGAGGAAAACGAAAAGUCAAAUAUGUUCAAAUUCAAUGAUAAUUCAGAUGAUUACGAGGCAGACUUUAGAAAGCUGUUUCCAGAUUAUGAGGACACAGCUUUGGUAACUAAUGAAAAAGAUAUUUCGAGUCCUGAAAAUCUUGAUGACAUCUAUUUCAAGCUUGCCGACACAUAUAUCUCGGUAUUUGACAAAGAUCAUGACGCCAACUUUUCUUCUGAGUUGAAGAGCGGUGCGAUAAUAACAACAAUUUUGAGUGAAGAUUUAAAAAACACCAGGAUAGAAGAGUUGAAAAGCGGAUCGUUGUCUGCUGUGAUUAAUACACUUGAUGCAGAAACACAAUCUUUCAAAAACACGGAAGUUUUUGGUAAUAUCGAUUUUUACCACGAUUUCUCUAUUCCGGAGUUUCAAAAAGCAGGUGAUAUCAUUGAAACUGUGCUUAAGUCAGUCUUGAAAUUGUUGAAGCAGUGGCCAGAACAUGCCACCCUCAAAGAAUUAUAUCGAGUUUCCCAAGAAUUUUUAAACUACCCCAUUAAAACACCCUUAGCAAGACAGCUUCAAAAGAUCGAACAAAUAUAUACAUACCUAGCUGAAUGGGAAAAAUACGCUUCCUCGGAAGUAUCCCUGAAUAACACCGUUAAACUGAUUACAGAUUUGAUAGUUUCAUGGAGAAAACUAGAAUUACGCACCUGGAAAGGUCUUUUCAACUCGGAAGACGCAAAAACCAGAAAAUCUAUUGGAAAAUGGUGGUUUUAUUUGUACGAGUCAAUUGUCAUUUCAAAUUUUGUUAGUGAAAAGAAGGAAACGGCCCCUAACGCUACACUUUUGGUAAGCUCACUUAACUUAUUUUUUAGUAAGAGUACAUUGGGCGAAUUCAACGCCAGGCUAGAUCUUGUAAAAGCAUUCUACAAGCACAUUCAACUAAUUGGAUUGAGGAGCUCGAAGAUAGCGGGCUUGCUCCAUAAUACUAUAAAAUUCUAUUAUCAGUUCAAACCAUUAAUUGAUGAGCGGAUUACGAAUGGAAAAAAGAGUCUGGAAAAAGAAAUUGACGAUAUAAUUCUUUUAGCCAGUUGGAAAGAUGUUAACGUUGAUGCCCUGAAACAAAGUUCUCGUAAGUCUCAUAACAACCUUUACAAAAUUGUCAGAAAAUACCGUGAUUUGCUAAAUGGGGAUGCGAAAACCAUUAUUGAGGCCGGUCUUUUGUAUUCCAACGAAAAUAAACUAAAACUCCCUACUUUAAAACAACAUUUUUACGAAGACCCCAACUUAGAGGCUUCGAAAAAUUUGGUGAAAGAAAUUUCUACUUGGAGUAUGAGAGCUGCGCCAUUAAGGAAUAUUGACACGGUAGCAAGUAACAUGGACUCCUACUUGGAAAAGAUAUCAUCACAGGAAUUCCCUAACUUCGCAGAUUUAGCAUCGGACUUUUAUGCUGAAGCUGAAAGGUUACGUAAGGAAACCCCUAAUGUAUAUACAAAGGAGAACAAAAAGAGGUUGGCAUACUUGAAGACUCAAAAAAGUAAACUUUUAGGUGAUGCAUUGAAAGAAUUGAGAAGAAUCGGUUUAAAAGUCAAUUUUAGGGAAGACAUUCAAAAAGUUCAAUCUUCUACAACAACUAUUUUGGCAAACAUUGCCCCUUUCAAUAAUGAAUAUUUAAAUUCGUCAGACGCAUUCUUUUUCAAAAUCCUUGACCUUUUACCCAAGCUGAGAAGCGCUGCAUCGAAUCCAAGUGAUGAUAUCCCUGUUGCUGCUAUAGAAAGAGGUAUGGCACUCGCACAGAGUUUGAUGUUUUCCCUGAUUACAGUUCGUCACCCUCUAUCAGAGUUCACGAAUGAUUACUGUAAGAUUAAUGGUAUGAUGUUAGACCUAGAACACUUUACUUGCUUAAAGGGCGAUAUUGUUCAUUCUUCAUUAAAAGCGAAUGUAGAUAAUGUCAGAUUGUUUGAAAAGUGGCUGCCUUCUUUGUUAGACUAUGCCGCACAGACCUUGUCUGUUAUUUCGAAAUACUCAGCAACUUCAGAACAACAAAAGAUCUUGUUAGAUGCAAAAUCGACCUUAUCUUCGUUUUUCGUACACUUCAAUUCCAGUCGAAUUUUUGAUUCUUCAUUUAUCGAGUCAUAUUCUAGAUUUGAGUUAUUCAUUAAUGAAUUAUUGAAGAAGCUUGAAAAUGCAAAGGAGACAGGGAACGCUUUCGUUUUUGAUAUCAUUAUAGAGUGGAUCAAAGCAAAUAAAGGGGGUCCUAUUAAAAAGGAACAGAAGAGAGGCCCUUCGGUGGAAGAUGUUGAACAGGCUUUCCGCCGUACUUUCACAUCUAUUAUAUUAUCUUUCCAGAAGGUAAUUGGAGAUGGAAUUGAAUCUAUAUCCGAAACUGAUGAUAACUGGUUAUCAGCUAGCUUCAAGAAAGUUAUGGUAAACGUUAAACUAUUACGAUCCAGUGUUGUUUCUAAAAAUAUAGAGACAGCAUUAUCCUUGUUGAAGGACUUUGAUUUUACCACUACUGAAUCAAUUUACGUUAAAUCAGUUAUAUCCUUUACACUACCGGUAAUCACACGUUAUUACAACGCAAUGACCGUGGUUCUUGAAAGAUCUAGAAUCUACUACACGAACACAAGUCGUGGUAUGUACAUUCUAUCGACGAUAUUGCAUAGCUUAGCCAAAAAUGGGUUCUGUUCUCCGCAGCCACCAUCUGAAGAAGUUGACGACAAAAACUUGCAAGAGGGUACAGGCUUGGGAGACGGUGAAGGUGCUCAAAAUAACAAUAAAGACGUCGAACAAGACGAAGAUUUGACUGAGGAUGCACAAAACGAAAACAAAGAACAACAAGAUAAAGAUGAGAGGGAUGACGAGAAUGAAGAUGAUGCAGUUGAGAUGGAGGGCGAUAUGGCUGGUGAAUUGGAAGAUUUGUCUAAUGGUGAAGAAAAUGAUGAUGAAGAUACUGAUAGCGAAGAAGAAGAAUUAGAUGAAGAAAUUGAUGACCUGAAUGAAGAUGACCCCAACGCUAUUGAUGAUAAAAUGUGGGAUGAUAAGGCAAGUGAUAAUUCAAAAGAAAAAGAUACAGACCAGAAUUUAGAUGGAAAAAAUCAAGAGGAAGAUGUACAAGCUGCUGAAAAUGACGAACAACAGCGGGAUAACAAGGAAGGAGGGGAUGAGGACCCAAAUGCACCUGAAGAUGGCGAUGAGGAAAUUGAAAACGAUGAAAAUGCAGAAGAGGAAAACGACGUUGGUGAACAGGAGGACGAAGUUAAAGAUGAAGAAGGCGAGGAUUUGGAGGCUAAUGUUCCUGAAAUCGAAACCCUAGACCUUCCUGAAGAUAUGAAUUUAGAUUCAGAGCAUGAAGAAUCAGACGAAGAUGUUGAUAUGUCAGAUGGAAUGCCUGAUGACCUAAACAAGGAAGAGGUUGGAAACGAAGACGAAGAAGUCAAACAAGAAUCCGGUAUCGAAAGUGAUAAUGAAAACGACGAACCUGGUCCUGAGGAAGAUGCCGGCGAGACAGAAACAGCUCUUGACGAAGAAGAAGGUGCUGAAGAGGAUGUGGAUAUGACUAAUGAUGAGGGAAAGGAAGACGAAGAAAAUGGCCCAGAAGAGCAAGCCAUGUCUGAUGAAGAAGAGUUAAAGCAAGAUGCUGCUAUGGAAGAAAACAAAGAGAAAGGAGGUGAGCAGAAUACAGAAGGUCUUGAUGGCGUUGAGGAAAAGGCUGAUACUGAAGACAUCGAUCAAGAAGCUGCCGUUCAACAAGAUUCUGGAUCCAAAGGUGCUGGUGCUGAUGCUACGGACACACAAGAACAGGACGAUGUUGGAGGUUCAGGAACGACUCAGAAUACCUAUGAAGAAGAUCAAGAAGAUGUGACAAAGAAUAAUGAAGAAUCACGCGAAGAGGCUACGGCUGCUUUAAAGCAACUAGGUGAUAGCAUGAAAGAAUAUCAUAGACGUCGUCAAGAUAUAAAAGAAGCACAAACUAAUGGCGAAGAGGACGAAAAUUUGGAAAAAAACAAUGAACGUCCCGAUGAAUUUGAACAUGUUGAGGGUGCAAAUACUGAAACAGAUACGCAAGCUUUAGGUUCUGCAACACAGGAUCAAUUACAAACCAUUGAUGAAGACAUGGCCAUUGAUGAUGAUAGGGAGGAGCAAGAAGUGGACCAGAAAGAGUUAGUAGAAGACGCCGAUGAUGAAAAAAUGGAUAUUGAUGAAGAAGAGAUGCUAUCUGAUAUCGACGCGCAUGACGCUAACAAUGACGUUGACAGCAAAAAGUCAGGAUUCAUCGGUAAAAGAAAGAGUGAGGAAGAUUUUGAGAACGAACUUUCAAAUGAACACUUCUCGGCUGAUCAAGAGGAUGACAGUGAAAUACAAUCUUUAAUUGAAAACAUUGAGGAUAAUCCACCUGAUGCAAGUGCUAGUUUGACACCGGAAAGAUCGUUAGAAGAAUCCCGUGAAUUGUGGCAUAAAAGUGAAAUUUCGACCGCCGAUUUAGUAUCACGUCUUGGAGAACAAUUAAGACUAAUCUUGGAACCUACCUUGGCUACAAAGCUGAAGGGUGAUUACAAAACAGGUAAGAGACUGAAUAUGAAACGGAUCAUUCCAUAUAUUGCCUCACAAUUCCGUAAAGAUAAAAUCUGGUUGAGAAGAACUAAACCAAGCAAACGUCAGUAUCAAAUAAUGAUUGCGCUUGAUGAUUCUAAGUCUAUGAGCGAAUCUAAAUGCGUUAAACUCGCUUUUGAUAGUUUAUGCUUGGUCUCCAAGACGUUAACUCAGCUAGAGGCUGGAGGGUUAUCUAUUGUCAAAUUCGGUGAAAAUAUUAAAGAAGUUCACUCAUUUGACCAACAAUUUAGUAACGAAUCUGGCGCAAGAGCUUUUCAAUGGUUUGGUUUCCAAGAAACUAAAACAGACGUUAAGAAACUUGUGGCUGAAUCUACUAAAAUUUUUGAACGUGCUCGCGCUAUGGUACAUAAUGACCAAUGGCAACUAGAAAUUGUAAUCUCUGAUGGUAUUUGCGAAGACCAUGAAACAAUACAAAAACUGGUCCGCCGUGCUAGAGAAAACAAAAUUAUGCUGGUUUUUGUCAUCAUAGAUGGUAUUACUUCUAAUGAAUCCAUCUUAGACAUGAGCCAAGUGAACUACAUUCCAGAUCAGUAUGGCAAUCCGCAAUUAAAGAUUACCAAAUACUUGGACACAUUUCCUUUUGAAUUUUAUGUUGUUGUACACGAUAUAAGCGAACUACCCGAAAUGCUUUCACUGAUUUUGCGUCAAUACUUUACAGACCUGGCAUCCAGCUAA